AUGGCCGCCCUGCCCGUGCCCGUUGUCGACGACGACGACGGCCCCCAGCGAAUCAAGGACUCCUCUCCACGCAUGUCCUGGAUCCAAUCUCUUCUCCGCAUACGCCUCGACGACGAUGUCUGCAACCAGAAUUACCCGGGCCGCGGCACAGACGACGACCCUUACAUUAUCGAUUUCCUGCAGAACGACGGCCAAGACGCCAUGAACUUUACCAAGGGGCGAAAAUGGGCUAUUGCCGUUCUCCAGUCCCUGUCGACGUUCGCGGUGACCUUUGCGAGCUCGGUGUACGUCAGCGGCAUUGGAGGCAUCACGCAGCGCUUUGGUGUGUCCAGGGAGGUGGCCACACUGGGUUUGUCGCUCUUCGUCUUGGGCUUCGCUCUGGGACCGCUGAUCUGGGCACCUCUGUCGGAGGUGUACGGGCGCAAGUCCAUCUUUGUGCUUUCGUUCACGGCAUACACGGCCUUCAGCGUGGCGGCGGCGUGCGCGCCCAACAUCGCGGCUUUGCUGGUGUUUCGCUUCCUUGCGAGCGCGUUUGGUUCGUCGUCGAUGACCAAUGUCGGGGGCGUCAUCGCCGACAUGUUCAGCAAGAAGGAGCGUGGAAUGGCGACGGGCAUGUUUGUCACGGCUCCCUUUCUGGGGCCGGCACUUGGCCCCGUUGCUGGCGGUUUUCUUGGCGAGACCCAGGGCUGGCGCUGGAUUCUCGGUUUGAGCGCCAUACUGGGUGGUCUGAUCUGGAUUCCCACGUCGCUGACCACCCACGAAACAUACGCGCCGUUCAUUCUGCGUCGUCGAGCCAGGGCCCUCUCCCGGAUGACGGGAAGUGUAUAUGUGUCCCGGAUCGAUGCGGGAAAGCCGCCCAAGACACUCUCGCAGGAGCUCUCGGUCUCUUUCACGCGCCCCUGGGUCCUUCUGUUCUGCGAACCCAUUGUCUUACUGGCGUCGCUGUACAUCUCAAUCGUCUACGGCACGCUGUACAUGUUCUUUGCCGGGUUUCCCAUCGUCUUCCAAGCCGCUCGAGGCUGGAGCCAGGGUAUCGCCGGACUUCCGUUUGUCGGUGUCGCCAUUGGCGUCUGUCUUGCCACCCUGGCGGCCGGUGUGGACAACAAGCGCUUCGUGCGCCAGUGCGAGGCAGCCGAGGCAGAGGGCCGCGUGGUCGAGCCAGAAGCCAGACUGCGCACGGCGAUGGCAGGUUCGAUUGUCCUUCCGAUUGGUCUGUUCCUCUUUGCGUGGACGACGUAUCCGUCGGUGCACUGGAUCGCGCCCAUUAUCGGGGGCAUGUUUUUCGCGGCGGGACUGGUCAUGGUCUUCAUCUCGCUAAUGAGCUAUCUCGUCGACUCUUGUGCGUUUGGAUCUCCUUUUCUUUGUGAUGCUCUGCAAACAAUGCACAUGCUCACCCUGUGUCCAGAUGUUGUCUAUGCUGCCUCUGUGCUGGCGGCCAACUCGGUGCUUCGGUCCCUGUUCGGCACCGCCUUUCCCCUGUUUACCACCCGCAUGUACCGAAAUCUCGGAAAUCAAUGGGCGAGCUCCAUUCCUGCGUUCCUGGUGAUUGGCUGCAUGCCUUUCCCGUUUCUGUUCAACAAGUACGGUUCGCAGAUCCGCUCCAGGUGCAAGUAUGCGGCCGAAGCGGCAAAGGUGCUGGAGAUGAUGCAUCGUCGGCACAUCGCCGUGGUUGGAAGCGAACAAACCGCGCCAGAAACGAAGGCUGAAUAG